ACUCACUGCAUGUUAUUCGUUUCAGAUCAUCUUUUUCUAAGGGUGCCAAUAAUUGUGUAAUGGAUAUGAGCUGAUAUUAACUGUCAGUCUGUGAGUAACAGAGAGACUCUGAUAGACAGAAAUUUCUGGCUUCAGUCAAGAAACGAGGACGUGACGAAAUCGCGGGGCGGGGCUUGCGUACUCUGACCACGCCCACCUUUGUUCUUUUUAAUAACAGUAUAGGUGCGUGUUUAAUCUGCUAGGUGACGGGCUAGGAAGUGAGAAGAAGCGGCAGAUCCGUGCUCCUGAAAGCGCCUCGGUGACAAUGGGAAAGAUCGAGUGGGCGAUGUGGGCUAAUGAACAAGCCCUGGCGGCUGGACUCAUUUACCUCGCCGGUGGCAUUGUAGGAGUGGCAGGGCAGUUCAGAGACUGGCAGUUCGCUGCUUAUGGGAUAGCUGCGGGUGUGUUCGUGUGUGUGCUGGAGUACCCACGCAGCAGGAGAGCCAAAGGAACCAGUGUUGCGAGAACUGGUCAAUAUUGCUUCACCAUGUGUGUAAAGGCAUUUGGGCCCUUGACUAGAAAUUAUUAUGUUAGAGCGAUACUUCAUGCACUGCUCAGUGUCCCUGGAGGUUUCAUGCUGGCUACAGUUUUAGGCUGUGUAUGUCUUGGAAUAGCCAGCCUCAUCUAUCUGUCAGCUGCCAUUCACGGCGAGCACUGGGAACCCAUUUUGCCGAAGGCAGAACCCGUCAAACGCAUCGCUCCUAGCAUCAAGCAGCCGCCUCAGAACCCCCCGCCGCGCCCUCCUCCUGAGAUGCGCAGGAAGAGAACAGAUGACCUCGAGGCUGCAUCGUACGUCAAUCCCAUAUCUGUUACUGCCGACGAACAAUGAAUGGCCAAAUCGCUCCAUCGUAAGGAAUCUAAUUCAGCUGCCACAGUGGGAGAGGACUGAGUACCUGCUGUACAAACGAGACGGGAGUGCAUACCUGCUGAACUGCAGAAUUAUUCUGUUCAUGACGAUGAAUGAUGUUUAAAGAGAUGUGUUUGGUUCAGUUUGCAGUUUUAAUGGCAUGUUACUGUUUAUUUCAUGAGAGUGUUUGUGAGAUAUUUUACAAGAAGGUGGUCGCUCACUGAUUAUUCUGCUUCUAUUGCACUGUGGAGAAGAUUUAUACAGAAGAUUUGUACAGUUGAGUGCAAAAGUUUGCACACCCUUACAUCAAAACCUUACAUGAAACCAGCAAGAGAUGUAAUGCAAGUUAGGGUUUUACAGAUGUUCCCUUAAUAUCCCAAGUAACAAAAUUAGCCAACAGUGUAUGACAAGAUACUCGUAGUGAAACAAAUGAAAUAAUAUUUCUGAAUCCUGACUUUCAUUCCACUUGCCUCUUAGGAUUUUAUCGUCCACUCUGUGGUCAUGUCGUUGUCACAGCAAACUGCUCCAGAGUUUGAGCCUGUUUGAACUUUUAAUGCCUUAAGUAUGAAUUGUUGACACUUUAAUGAGGCAAAAUUAAAUAAAUUAACUAAAGUUUGUGAACAGGAAUGCAAACUUUUGAGAUUUCUAAUAGAGAUGACAGCACAUUAGACUCAUUUGCUAUGAUAUUAAGAUGCAACAUUUUGGAAAACAUUGAAUUCUGUUUCUGUUUUUGUUGGUAACUGUAAUAAAGGUGUAUUUUUUCUUUUUUUCUUCUAUCCAGAAACCAAGGAGGUACAAAUAUUUGCACUCAGUUGUACAUUGUAUAUUUAAGUAUUACUGUUCACUGGAAAAUGCCAGUGUACACAUGUCAUACUGGAUGAUUUUUCCUGCUCAAACACACCAGAAUAGUUAAUAUCCGCAUUCAUUUAGAAGGUGUGUAUGAAGAGUAAAAUCACCAAAAGGCUGAACUCGGGACCUCUGACUUCAAAGAAAUGAAGGCAAAAGUUACUUCUGAUUAAUAAUCUGAUAUGUGCUUGCUCAUAUGUAAUCAAUCUGUCAGUGUAUUUAUAUUAUCACAAAGUAUUUUAUAUUUUAAUAUCUACUCUGUACUAAAGAACAAAUUGCAAGUGUAAUGAAAAGUCUGAUAACCUGAUUUAUCUGUAACAAUAAAUCUGUUUUUAUUUGAACUUUGUUACAACCCUGUCUUCACUGAUAAUAAAUAUUUAAUGCUUAUAA